CCAUUGCCAAUGGCAUCUCCUGCCCCAGAGAAAAACCAGUCCCCGCCCAAACCAAUCAUUUUCAACAAAAGGAAGAGGAAUAUAACUAACGCCUCCCAUUCGAAAUCAGCUUCCGCUUUCCUCAAUCUCCAGUCCUCACUGCCUAACAACAAAACCCUAACCAGCAUCUCCGAUCUUAAGGAAUUCGCAUCUUCACAGUUGGAGGAUAUGAAGCGGAACCUCAUCGAUCGCUCUCACUCUGAGAUUCUCAUGGAUUUCGACGCCUCUCAAUCUCGCCUCCACAAGCGCUUCAAGAUCCAGACACAAGCAUGCCAACAAGUAAUGGAGGAAGCUGAAAAGGAAUACAAGAAGAUAUCGGAAAAGAUUGAUAGCAGCCAUGAAGCAAUGAAAGCUUCAUAUGCAGAAUUCAUGGCAGAUACCCAAGCCACUGCAUCUUGUGGUAUUGUUGAGCUACUUCUUUUCAUUGCUAGUGUUAUUUCAACGAGGUCUUUUAUUAUUAUUGCCAUGUUUUACAUUCUUUACGCUUAGUUGAG